GUGUGAUUGAGACGGUGGAGUCGAAAAUGGUGAAACAAGAAGUUGAGGUGAUACACUUGUGGUCCUCACCGCGCUCCCUCAGCACAAGCCUCAUGUAUUCUUUUGCUCAGAGAGAUGACACGGAAGUUCUGGAUGAACCUCUAUAUGCCAACUAUUUGCAAGUAACAGGAGAGCAAACGCCUUACAGAGAAGAACUCCUGUCAAAAUGGGAGUCAGAUGGAAAUAAGGUUAUACAAGAGAUCAUUUUCGCUCCCGGGGAAAAGACGUACAGAUUCGUUAAGCAUAUAGCUAGUCAACGUCUGCCAGGCCUAACGCCAGACUUAAUGAAGAGAGGAAAGCACUGCAUGCUGAUCAGGAAUCCCCUCGACGUGGUGACAUCCUACAACAAGGUUUCUCCCCCAUCAUUUAGUAUGCUGGGGUAUUAUAACUUGGUAUCCAUUUACCAUGAGCUCUGUGAUCAAGGAAAAACCCCUCCUGUCAUUGAUUCAGAUUUGCUGCGAGAAGAUCCUGAGGCUACAUUGCGUGGUCUGUGUGGUGAUCUUGGUAUUCCAUUUCAAACUGCUAUGCUCAAAUGGGAAUCUGGACCAAAACCAUUUGAUGGCGUCUGGGCUCCCUAUUGGUAUAAGAAUUCGCAUAAGUCAACAAGUUUUGAGCUACCGAAUGAGUAUCCCUCUCCAUUUCCAUCGUCUAUGUACAACUUGCUGGAGCAAAGUUUACCUUUGUACAACUUGCUUAGGUGCUAUCUUAGGGGAUCAUCAAACUGUGCCCAACCUGAACUCCCUGUUUCUACGAAUGAGAAGUUGCUUGUUUGGGUCGGUGAUCAGAUUAUGCCUCGUGAAAGUGCAAAAGUUUCAGUAUUUGACUCAAUUGUCCAAGGUGGAGAUGGAGUUUGGGAGGGUCUUCAAAUUUAUAACGGCAAAGUAUUCAAAUUGGAGGAGCUUUUAGACAGGUUGUUUGAUUCUGCGAAAGCGCUGGCUUUUAGUAAUGUACCAACUCGUGAGCAGGUGAAGGAAGCAAUUUUCAAAACUUUGAUAAGAAAUGAAAUGUUUAAUGAUGCGCAUGUCAGGUUGACUCUGACUCGUGGCAAGAAGGUCACUUCUGGAAUGAGCCCAUCUUUCAACCAAUAUGGAUGUACUUUGAUUGUGCUUGCUGAAUGGAAGCCACCAGUAUAUGACAAUGAAAAGGGUAUAGUUUUGGUGACGGCUACCACACGCCGUAAUUCACCCAAUAAUUUGGAUUCGAAAAUCCACCACAACAAUCUGCUUAACAAUAUUCUUGCCAAGAUAGAAGGGAAUAAUGCACAUGCUGAUGAUGCCAUCAUGCUUGAUAAAGAUGGAUAUGUAUCAGAAACAAAUGCAACAAACAUUUUUUUGGUGAAGAAAGGCUGUGUAGCUACUCCCUACAGUGAUUAUUGUCUUCCUGGUGUAACUCGUGCUACUGUUAUGGACCUUGCGGUGAAUGAGAACUUAGUUAUGGUUGAGCGACGUAUAGGUUUGUCAGAGUUCCAUACAGCAGAUGAGGUCUUCACAACAGGAACCAUGGGAGAGCUCAGUCCAGUCCUUAAAGUUGAUGGACGUACAGUUGGAGAUGGUAUGGUGGGACCCGUGACGCGAAGAUUGCAAAAUGUGUAUACAAAAUUGAACUCAGAAUCAGGAGUGCCUAUACCGGGUUAUAUACAUAACUGAGACUAUAUAUCAAGGAGGGAAAAAGAACCACUUAUUUGUUUGACAUUGUGCAAUGGAAAAAGAACCACUUCUUUGUUUGACAUUGUGUGUGUAACAAGGUGAAGGCAGACCAGAACAGCUUCAGUUAAUUCUCACUAGGAUUUUGGAAUUGCGAUUUUAGUAAUAUGGAAUGGAAUGGCAUGCCUGCAAAUAAAGUGUAUCUCCUAGCAAAAACACAAUUGAACUGAGCUAUGUAUUGGCAUGGAAACAUUCUAGAAUCGCCACAUCAUGACAUUUUCUCUGUACUACUCCUAUUCUCCCUUCCUAGCUUCUUUUCCUGUUUUCUUAUCAAUGUCUUUGCCCACUUCACGCUCAAAUUUGUAUGAAAGAACUUACAUGAAACUCUUUUAAUUAUAUUCGACAGUUUCGUUAAAGAAA